CAGGUCUAACGAAAGCGUUUUCGACGAUUGUGAUUUCUUGGUUUUUUUAACUAUAUUCCGAAAAUAUUUAUAUAAUUUAAAUAAAAUUCAGUUAUAGUAGUGCACCAGUAUCCGUUCGAAUUGUUUACCGCGCAACUUAGAUGUCUAUUGACUAAUGGCAUCGAACGUCAACGGCAGGGAUCAGGCUUUAAUUGAUAUUAAGAAGUUGUAAAUAUAUAUAUUUAAAGAAUGUCUUACCCGGGACCCGGGCGACCUAUAAUGCAAGGUCUACCGAUGGCGUACAUGCCAAUGACGGGGCCGGCACCCCCUCUAAUGCCAGCUGUUAUGCCUAUUCAACAUAUGGUACCGAUUCAGGUAACUAGUGCGCCUCAGAUAAGGGCCUUUCCCAAACUGAAUGCUAAUCGAGAUCAAGUUAAGCAAAUUCAGGGACCUGCUGUAACUGUGUUUGUGGGUAACAUUACUGAGAGGGCCCCAGACACAAUGAUUCGUCAAAUACUGUCUGCUUGUGGACACGUUAUAAGCUGGAAGAAAGUCAAGGCAUUUGGAUUUUGUGAACUUGCUGGUCCUGAUGCUGGGUUACGAGCUGUUAGACUUUUGCAUGACUUAAUGGUGGGAGAUAAGAGACUUGUUGCUAAAGUUGAUGCAAAAACUAAAACAGUGUUGGAUGAGUACAAAGCUGAAAGGCGGAAAAAAGAAAAAGGUUCAUCCCCCCUUCAAGAUGAACCAGAAGAGGAAGUCCUUGAUGAAGAAACUGUAGCUCUUGAUGCUGUCGCAAUGGACAGAAUAAAACAAAUAAUUGUAGAAUUUCAAGAUGAAAUGAACAAUUUUGAACUAAAAAAGGAGGAGGAGGUAAUAGAGAAAUGGAACAAAGUCCUUGAAGAAGCUGAAGUUGAGGAAGAAAAGAGAGAUUUGAUUACUAGAGAAAUAGGAAAGUUCCGUGAAAUUAUGAAGAAACAAGAGGAGGAGAAGGAGGUGAGGAAGAAGAAGGAGGAGAAGAAGACGCAGGAUCGCGACAAGUCCCACUCCCACUCGCCGAGUCCCAGGAGGAGAGAUAAGGAAGAAAAGCGGCGGAGACGAUCGCGAUCCAGGACGCGUGACCGGAGUCGUGAGAGGGAACGCGAACGCGACAGGGAACGUGAACGUGAACGCGAAAGGGAAAAGGAACGGGAACGAGAAAGGGAAAGGGACAGAGAACGUGAGCGUGAACGCGAGAGGGAACGGGAGAGGGAACGAGACAGGGAACGCGAGAGAGAGCGGGAUGAGAAGAAAAAUUCGAGGGACCUGCUCCGAGAGAAGGAGAUGGAGGACGAGGCUAAAGAGAAGAAAAAGGCUGAACGGAGAGCCAGGGAGAAGGAAGCUGCUUAUCAGGAGCGUUUGAGGGCCUGGGAAACUAGAGAAAGACGAAAGGCUAAAGAAUACGAGAAGGAACACGAAAAAGAAAGAAUUAAGGAAGAGGAGAGAGAAGAUGAUGCCAAACGCUUGAAAGAGUUUUUGGAGGAUUAUGAUGAUGAACGUGACGACGUUAAAUAUUACAAAGGUAGGGAAUUACAAAAGCGUAUAGCUGAACGCCUUAAAGAAGUCGAAUUGGACACCAGAGACCGACAGAAAGAAAAAGAAGAAAUAGAAGAACUCAAAAAUAGGAUAUUCUCAGGAGAACACGAAGAUCCAAAUGCUGAAUUUGAGAAAGCUAAACGAGAACGUGAAGAGCUGUAUAAGCCAAAAUUACUGAUAGACGUGAACCUUGAACAUUGGAAGCAGAAAGAACGAGAGAAGGAAAGAGAACAGGAACGUCAAAGAGCUAGAGAACGAGAACGACAUCGGGAAAUAGAAAGGGAACGAGACCGGCAGCGACAACGAGAAGAGAGAGAGAAAUACGUCGUUCAACAAGCUGCCCAAGAAUUAGCUGCUGUUGAGGCAGAGCCUAUUGACAGUGAUAGUGAUAUGGAAGAUGGUCAUUACAGUCCUCCCCCUCCAGAACCUGAAUCUAAUUCCAACAAUUCAGAUUCUGCCCAGUGGACUCAGAUACAAGCAGGAGAUGAAGAUUCCAGACAUUCAUUUAUAUCAAAUCAUGAAGAUCAGCCUUUAGCAACUGGUACAGGUAUGAAAAUAACACUAGCCAAACCAAUUUCCUUAAAUAGCCCGCAAUCCCGUGAUCCCAAGAGGAAAAAAGCGGAUUUGCGAGAAGUUUUUAACCCUGAUGAAGAUGACAGCAAUACUCAAGUUAAAAAACGAAAAUUAGUUCCUCUAGAUUAUAAUGACGAUAAGAAACAUAAAAAAGAAAAUGGGGAAAAGAAAACAGACGAAUCGUUGAAGUCUCAAGAAGAGAAACGAAAGAAUAUCAAAUCGUUGAUUGAAAAGAUUCCUACGGAAAAGGAUGCAUUGUUUGCGUAUCACUUAGACUGGAGUGCUAUAGAUAAUAAUUUAAUGGAAAAGAAAAUUCGUCCAUGGAUUAACAAAAAAAUUAUAGAAUAUAUAGGUGAACCCGAGCCAACUUUAGUCGAUUUUAUAUGUUCAAAAGUGCUAGCAGGAUCUCAACCUCAAAUAAUUUUGGAAGAUGUCCAAAUGGUAUUAGAUGAAGAAGCAGAAGUAUUCGUUGUGAAAAUGUGGAGGUUACUUAUCUAUGAAGUGGAAGCGAAAAAAUUAGGUUUAGUUAAGUAACCUAAUAAAUUUGUAUAUAAUUUCUUAUCAUUUAUAGUUCUAAUAUUGAAUAAAUUAAAUUGUACUACUUUUCAGACUAUAAGCCUGUUUGCUUCUUUUGUUUAUUUAAUUAGCUUACAAUGUUUAUUUUUUCUGUAUUUGUUAUUACAUUGAAUAAAUGUAUGAGCCACUUUUGUAAA